GACACGAAUCUAGGGAGACUGCGACCGACCUCUAACCCCCCCGAGUGGCUGCCAACCCCGCUCCCCCAACCCCCGGGGCCGCUGGGGUUGUCUUUACCACGCUCAGGUGUCUCACCCCCGUCGUCACAGCGGUGUCCGUCGCCGAGGGAUCCGGACUCAGCGGGCAUCAAGUGACCCCAGGAGCGACUCUAACCAUCAAGGGGUCAAACCUCGGGUCAUCGCCGUGCCAGACCAAAGUGACCCUCGGGCCGGGUUCAUGCGAGGUCACAGCGGCCAAGGAAGACGUCUUAUCCUGCGUCCUUCGGGAGGUGUCUGAUAUGGUGUCCCUCGUCCCUACACCCGUCACCGUCGUCGUCUCCGGCAGAGGCAUCGCCACCCUCGACACGAGUGGGCGUGAGAGUCUCCUCACCCUCAUGCCGUCCAUCACCUCAGUCAGCCCACGAGAAGGGUCGGUGGGCGGAGGAACCCUUGUGACCAUCAAAGGCACGGGUUUAAGGGCUCUCGACGCCGUGGUGAAGGUCGAACUAGGUCAGAGCCCAUGUCGAGUGGUGAACCUGACCUCCACCGUCGUCACUUGCAUCACAAGCCCCGUUGCAGCUCCUGGAACGGUCACUCUCGCCCUCUUCGUCUCCUCCGGAAUGGUGCCAGCCCUUAGCGAAGCGGUAAACACAUUCUCCUUCGCGGAAACCGCAACGCCAUCUGUCCGAAGCGCGGGCGUGUCGAGCGGCAGACUGGUGAUCAACGGCUCUGACUUCGGCUCCGAGUCGUCCCGAGUCAGCGUCACCCUCACCAGGAUUUCGGCGGCUAGGCGGAGGAGGAGCCUCGAGGCACUGGCGACGGAGGAGGAGGGACUCGGCUCUGGCGACGCGUCCGAGCUCUUUGGUGCUGACUUCGAAUCAUCCAGCGAUUUCUGGAAGUCGGUCACUGGGACACACACAGCGUCCUUCGAGGAGAUCGCGGCGCGAGGGGCGUGGCGGGUGGCAGGGAGCGCCAGGACGAAGGAGGGAGAAAGGACAUCGCGAAUAAAACGUCAGACGAGGGAGGAUGAAGUCACUUCGCAGAAAUGCAAGAUUAUCCUUCUGUCUGAUACGUCGAUCGUCUGCGACACGAGCCUCGUCGCAGCCGGCCAUUACGAAGUCUCCGUCGGCGUGGAGGGUGUCGGCAAUGCCCUGACUCACGAGGACGCCGCCCUUGUCACACUCGUGCCCCUCGUAGACAGCGUGACCCCGGGGCAGGGCAGCGUGCACGGCGAGUCCCUCCUGACCAUCACGGGCGCAGGAUUCUCACCCGAGGACGUGGCUGUGGCGGUCGGCGGCGUCGCGUGCCCCUUGGAGAGCCAGUCGGUGACGUCGCUGACUUGCCGCUCCCCCGUGCACGCGGAAGGGCUCGUUGAUGUCGUGGUCACUUCGGCAGGUCUGGACGCUAGUGCGGCGUCGAAAUACGCCUACACCGUCGCCAAGACUCCGGUCCUUCGUCGUGUCAAACUGCAGAAGGGAAGGACCCUGCGUGUGGAGGGAGAGGGCCUUUCUCCCUCUGGCGAUGCCCCCGAGGUCUUGGUAGGGGGCGUGGCAUGUCCUGUCAUCAGCCACGACAACAACUACAUCACCUGUCACUAUCCUCAAUUGGCGUGAGGAUCACACACCUUGUGCAGGUGCGCGACCC